AUGUCAAGAUAUCCGAACUGCUGAAGCUUCGUCGCUCUCACCGUUUUUCUUCGAAGAAGAAUUUGCAGGUUGUCUUUUCUUCUCAUAAAACCAACAUUAUUUGCAGAGACAUCACAGCAAAUCAAUCAACCAUUCAAAAUACCCAACAUACACCCUCCAAAGCGAGCAGCAAAGAACAUGAUGAGUUUCUCCCGUGCCAACAGUGGAUCCUCUUCUGGAUCUCAAACUGUGUCCAGUUCAGUAAUGGCUGUCACACCCACCCUGGACGGCGAACUGGUCAACGAUGAUCAGCUCUUCUUUGUCACUUCCUAUUCCGACUUUGAAAAGCUUGCCCAUGGACCUCGAGGUACGGAAGCCUCACAUUCGCUCUACGUGUACCGGUUCUACCCUUCCGAUGGAAGCAUGGUCCUACUCAACAUUCAGGGAGAUCCCAAGGUGGUCAUGAACCCCGCCUUUAGUCGAUACCACCCCGAUAAGAAGGUUGUCUACACCUGCACCGAAGACAUUGAAGAAAAUGGCAGAAUCUUUGCCUAUAAACUGGAAGACAAUGGAGCCUUGACACCCUUGGGAGAACCUGUUGAUGCCGGUGGUACAUCCACAUGCUACCUCACCAUUGAUCGGGCUCAAAAGAACUUGUUGGCUGUCAACUACUGGGAUUCUACCCUUGUCACCAUCCCCAUUUCAAAAGAAACGGGAGCAUUCACUGGUCCCAUCAAGUCCAAGUAUGAUCCCAAGCAAGGAAAAAGCAUGGUGGCCGCCGCCAAAAAGAAUGGAGGAGUCAACCAUAGCCACAAUGAUGAGAGUACCAUCAAGAUGCGACAAGCGGAUCCUCAUUCCCAUGCUUUGGUCUUGGACCCCUACGUGGGCACCGUAGCCUAUGUUCCUGAUCUUGGCAAGGACUUGAUCCGGGAGUUUUACUACGAUCGUGAUGGUGGAGCCAUUCAAAUGGAAAUGAACUACAUGCCCUCGGGACUCUGCUCGGGAAAACCAGACGGACCACGCUACAUUCACUUCCAUCCAAGGUAUCCUAUCGCAUACGUAGUCAAUGAACUCAGCUCGACGAUUGCCGUGUUUGAAGUGGACCGUCACCUACUCAAGGAAAUUUCCGACGCUGCCAAGGCAGGGGAGAACAUGGAUCGCUUCAAGGGACGGACAACCCUUCGUCUUAUUCAAUCCAUCACUACCCUCCCAAGCGCCUUCCCCACACAAAUGAAUACUUGUGGACGCAUCUGUGUGCACAAGUCGGGCCGCUUCGUCGUGGUGUCCAACCGAGGUCAUCAAUCCAUCGCAAUCUACAAGGUCAAGCACAAGGGACCCAAGCGAGGAGAACUCUCCACUGUCGGAUACUUUCAUACUCGCGGAGAAACCCCGCGACACUACCAGUUUGAUGCUACUGGUCAGUACUUGAUUGUGGCCAACCAGGAUUCUGACUCGAUUGCCGUCUUUUCCUUUAACCUUGGCACCGGAGAAAUUAAAUACACGGGCAACGAAUACCGCGUCCCGUCGCCCAACUUUGUCUGCAACUGUCCAACCUACCAGGAUGAUGACGAGGAGGAAGAAGUGGCGGAAACUGUGCAAGUUCCCGUUUCCAAAGAUCAGCUUGUCCGCCAGGGAUCCGAUUCGGACUGCGAGAGUGAAUCGAGCACUGUUCCAGUGCAAGAUAAGAACGGCAACAAGGAUCUGCAAGCCAAGCUUGCCAAGGCCAACGAAGAGAUUGCCGAGCUCAAGAAGCGACUCGAGAUGAUCACAACUGCUGGUGUUUGAAAGGCAAGCAGCUUUGAGGGACAAGGUGAUGUCACUAGCCGUGAGUGCAUGCGUCUGUUACCUUAAUUGCCUUUUUGAUUGCUCCUUCUGUCAUGGAGAGAAUGAUUUUCCCUUCCAUCGCUGUUCUUCGUUGAUCACACACACACACACGCAUACUUUGCAUUCUCCCGUCGCGGUUCGUGUUGCUAUAGACGUUGAUAUACUGGUUUUGAGCUUAGAGGCCACGGGAGAGUUCACACAUCAUCAUAACACACUAAACUACAUGUAGCUAACUAUAACGAAGUGGGUCACGAAACUUUUGAUGCUCCGU